UAGGAAGAAGAAGAAAGAUAAAAAAGAUAAAAGAAAGAGAGAAAAGAGAUAUAAUUAAAAUGCAAUGUUAUACAAAUGAAGAAGCACUAGCAAGUCUCUUCAUCAAUGUCUCAACCUCCUUCUUUCUUAUUCUCCUCCUCCUCUACUCCGCCGUCUCUCUCCUCCUCAAGCUCGUCCACUUCAUCGGCGGCUAUCCUCUCCUUCAAAGGAAUGAAGAUGAAUAUGAUUCCGCAGCGUGGUUGUCCGAUGAGGAAGAAGAGGAGGAAGAAGAAGAGGAGGAAGAAGAAGAGGAAGGGGGAGAAUUCAAGAUAUCGUGUAAUACAAGUUACCUUGUCAUACCUAGAGAUCAAAAACCGGAUCAUUUGAUAGCCGACAUAGAAGAGGAUGGAGAAUCUUUAGUCUUUUACAAUAAUAAUCCCAAAAUUGACAUAAAUAAUCGACACACGAAGGAGUUUAUGAAUGUUCAUCAUACUCAUGAAGAACACGAGGAAGAAGAUGAUCAAGAUUCCAACAGUUCUUCCACAGAGGAGGAACAUUUUUCCUCUGCCAAUGUUUCUCCUUAUCGCAGCGAAUCAUCACUAGAAGAUGAAGACGAAGGCGUUGAAGAUCUUCAUGACGAUCGUUACGAUCAUGAUGAUGAUGAUGAGAUAGGAGGAGUGUCACGAUACGACGUCGUUGAGGAUUUGAUUCGUAAACGACCAGACAGAAGUAUUCGUGGUCCCUCUCCUAUCCAAAGUGGUUUGGUGUUCAAUGACAAAAGCCACACAGGAGAGUUUGUGCCUAAUGGAGGAAUCAAGAAAGUAAACGUGGAGAUACAGUCAGAGGAAGAAGAAGAAGAUGAGAGAGGAGAGAUAUUCGGAGAGUCGUGUACGAACGGUUCAACGUCCAAAAGCUCAUCGGAAUGGAGAAAUUCUGUUAAAACCGACGACCCGUUUUCCUCAUCCUCUCGCCGGAGUUGCCCUAAAUGGGAAUCUUACACCGUCUUCCAAAAAUACGACGAAGAAAUGACUUUUCUCACUAGGAUAUCUGCUCAAAAGCUUCAGGAAACAGAAUCGUUGAAGUCAAUCAUGGUGGAGCCAAGAUCAAUGUCGGAGAGGAUCGUUCACAAGCUAUCAUCAAACGGACAUAAGAAAAGACAUGAACAACAUCCAAGUAGUAACGGUUCAAGACUAAACCCAUACGUGGAACUAGAAGCAGCUUACGUGGCACAGAUAUGUCUAACAUGGGAAGCUCUAAGUUGGAACUACAAAAACUUUGAGAGAAAAAGAUCAUCCACGCAACGAAUUAGCUUCAACGACAUCGGAUGUCCCGCCGGAGUCGCCGACCAAUUCCGUACGUUUCAUAUUCUACUACAAAGAUACGUCGAGAACGAGCCUUAUGAACAUGGAAGGAGACCAGAGAUUUAUGCUCGAAUGCGAACUCUUGCUCCCAAAUUGCUUCUUGUUCCUGAAUAUCAAGAUUACGAGGAGGAGGAAGAGAAAGAAGAAGAAGAGGGUUUCAAGGCAAGGAUAACGUCAGCUGCGUUCUUGAUGAUAAUGGAAGAAUGCAUAAGAACAUUCAUGAACUUUCUCAAAGCGGAUAAAGAGAAGCCUUGUCAAAAGAUCAUCAAAGCUUUUUUCGGGAGAACUAAACGAGGCUCCGUUGAUCCAACCCUUGUCCAUCUCAUGAAGAAAGUCAACACAAAGAAAAAGGCGAAGCUAAAAGAGAUGAGUAAAGGAGGAAAAUACAUGAGGAAGAAGAAGAUGAGUAUAGAGGAGGAAAUGGAGAUAUUGAUGGGUUUAAUAGACCUGAAAGUGGUGUCAAGAGUAUUGAGGAUGAAAGAAAUGAAUGAAGAGAUGUUACACUGGUGUGAAGAGAAGAUGAGCAAAGUUAAGAUAAUUCAAGAUGGAAAGGCGCUUCAAAGAGAUUCCACCCCACUUUUCUUUCCUCCACAUUGACCCCACUAUUUUAAUCAAAUCUCAGAAUAUACCCUUUAUUCUUUCCCCACCCACAUCCCUUCUCUUUUUCUUUUUACACGUCAUAUUGUAGGAGAUCUUUUAGACAAAACCACAAAUAAAGAACACCAAAAAGUUUUUUUAUUGUAGAUAGGAUAUACUGUAGAUUGCUUUAGUUCAUUUUUCUUUCUCUUUGCUUUUCCAUUUCUUGCUCUGUAUCUUUUUACUUUUUUGAAAUAAAAUUUCAGGCUUUAUUAGGUAA